GGGGCGUGUCCCUCCGCGGUCCCCCUCCCGGGUGACAGCCAGGGCUUCGCCGCCUCCUCUUUUCCUCAGAGGCGGGCUGUCUGCCUCCCCUCACACUCCUUUGCGCUCGCCGGGAGCGCCGAACCAGAGAGGGAAAGCGCGCGCGGGAGCGAGAGAGCUUGAAGUUGGCCGCUAUGGGGCGGGCGCCUUGGCUUCCCCUCUUGCUCCUCACCGUCGCCCUGAACCGGUGCGGUUCUUUACUUGGGCAGCCCCGACGGCCGCAGCGGAGCCCGCAGCAGCAACAAGCAGCGCCGCAACGAGGUUUGUUUCCAGCAGUGCUGAACGUGGCUUCUAAUUCUCUCAUCACCACAAAUGCUACCUGUGGUAAAAGAGGUCCAGAGAUGUACUGUAAGCUGGUGGAACAUGUCCCUGGCCAGCCAGCAAGAAACCCUCAAUGCCGCAUCUGUGACCAGCGUAGCAGGAAUCCAAACUUGAGACAUCCAAUAUCAAAUGCAAUCGAUGGCAAGAAUACAUGGUGGCAAAGUCCUAGUAUUCAAAAUGGAAAGGAAUAUCACUACGUGACCAUCACACUUGAUUUACAGCAGAUAUUCCAGAUUGCAUAUGUCAUUGUAAAAGCAGCUAAUGCACCACGGCCUGGAAACUGGAUUUUGGAGCGUUCAUUAGAUGGUAACAACUAUCAGCCCUGGCAGUAUUAUGCUCUCACAGACACAGAAUGUCUGACUCGUUACAACAUCAGUCCUCGCACUGGGCCUCCUUCUUAUGCAAAAGAUGAUGAAGUUAUAUGCACUUCGUAUUAUUCCAAAAUCCAUCCUCUAGAAAAUGGAGAGAUUCAUACAUCCUUAAUCAAUGGACGACCAAGUGCAGAUGAUCCUUCUCCAACACUAUUAGAGUUUACAUCAGCUCGUUAUAUUCGCUUAAGAUUUCAGAGGAUACGGACCCUCAAUGCGGAUUUAAUGAUGCUUGCACACAGAGAUCUCAAUGAAAUUGAUCCAAUAGUCACAAGAAGGUAUUAUUAUUCUGUGAAAGACAUCUCAGUCGGAGGAAUGUGCAUCUGUUUUGGCCAUGCAAAAUCAUGUCCAUUGAAUCCAGCCACAAAUAGAUCUUCUUGUGCAUGUGAACAUAAUACUUGUGGAGAAAGCUGUGAUCGGUGUUGCCCUGGAUUUAAUCAGAGACCGUGGCAAGCUGGGACUUUCCUCAUAAAGCAUGAAUGUGAAGCUUGCAACUGCCAUGGGAAGGCACAAGAAUGUUACUAUGAUCAGAUGGUUGCAGACAAAAAGCAGAGCUUGAAUAUCCAUGGAGAAUAUCUUGGAGGCGGAAUAUGCAUUAACUGUACCCAGAACACUGCUGGCAUCAAUUGUGAAACGUGCAUUGAUGGAUACUUCAGGCCAAAAGGGGUUCAUCCAAAGAAUCAUCAACCAUGCCGGCCGUGUCAUUGUUAUUCUGUGGGGUCUUUAGAUGGCACUUGCGUCAAGGAUGAAAAGCAAGCUACAGGAGGUAUGCAUCCUGGAUCCUGUCAUUGUAAACCAGGUUUUGGAGGAGAGAGGUGUGAUCGGUGUGCAUUGGGUUACAAAAACUUUCCUCAAUGUGUGCCCUGCAAUUGUUCUCUGAAAGGCAGUUUGAAUGAUGAUCCUUGCGAAGGACCAUGCAGGUGCAAGGUCUAUGUUGAAGGGAAGAACUGUGAUCACUGUAAAGCCGGCUUCUUCAACCUGCAGCAAGAAAACCCCCAGGGCUGUGAGGCAUGUUUCUGCUCAGGAAUAACAAAUGACUGUACAGAGUCUCAGUGGACUUACAGGACGAUUAUGGACAUGAGUGGCUGGCAAUUGACUGAUGAACGGGGCCUUGCUAAACUUACUCCUCAGCAGGACAGUUUUGAUGGACCUCAGCAACUGAGCAUCAGUAACAUAGUUGCAAGAACUGUUCUGCAGCCUAUUUAUUACUGGAGUGCACCGAGUCCUUAUUUGGGCAACAAAAUAACAGCUGCUGGAGGACAUCUGAAAUUUACUGUUUCAUAUGACCUCGCUGGGGAAGAAGAUAUUGCUGAGGCUGUCCUUCAGUCUGAUGUCAUCAUAGAGGGAAGUGGGUUGAGAAUAAGCACAUCACAGGAAGGGAUUCACUUAAACCCAUUUGAAGAGCACACAGAAGAAGUCAUACUGAAGCACAACUUAUUCAUGCUGAACGGCAUCCCAGUCAGCAAAAGGGAAUUUAUGACUGUUUUGGCGAAUAUAAAAAGACUCCUUAUAAGAGCCACAUAUAGCAAUGGGAUGAAUGCCAUCUACAGGUUGAGUGGUGUCAGCCUGGAAUCUGCUGACGACUUACGGACUGGACAAAAAGAUGCAUGUGCUGUUGAAAUUUGCCAAUGUCCUACAGGAUAUUCUGGUUCCUCCUGUGAACAGAAAGAUCAAGCUAAGACUUCUUUUAAUCUUACUCCAACCUUUUCAGUUCAGUCAUGCUGGCCAGGAAACAGGCGAGUCAAUGGCACUAUCAUUGGUGGAAUCUGUAGGCCGUGCACUUGUUUUGGUCAUGCAGAGUCCUGUGAUGAUAUCACUGGAGAGUGUGUGAACUGCAAGCAUCACACAGGUGGUCGGUAUUGUGAUAGAUGUCUUCCUGGUUUCUAUGGAGAUGCCACUACAGGGAAAGCUGAUGACUGCCAGCUGUGUGCCUGCCCACUGAGUAUAUCUUCGAACAAUUUUAGCCCCACGUGUCAUUUGGACCAAACAUAUGGAUUCAUUUGUGAUGGAUGUCCCUCUGGGUACGCUGGCUUACGCUGUGAAAGGUGUGCAGAAGGCUAUUUUGGACAACCUUCAAAACCAGGGGGAUUAUGCCAGCCUUGCCAAUGUAAUGACAACCUUGACUUCUCCAUUCCUGGCAGCUGUGACAGGUUGUCUGGAGCUUGUCUUAACUGUAAGCCAGGUACAACAGGCCAGUACUGUGAGAAGUGUGCUGACGGGUAUUUCGGAGAUGCUCUUGAUGUAAAGAAAUGUCAACCCUGCAGCUGCAAUAUCAAUGGCUCAUUUUCAGAAGUCUGUGACUCUAAGACUGGACAAUGUCAUUGCAAGCCCAAUGUUCUGGGACGUCAAUGUAAUCAGUGUAAGUCCACUUACUUUUGGGCUCCAGAAAAGCAGUUCUGCAUUCCAUGUGGCUGCAAUCCAGUAGGAUCUAUGUCCUUGAACUGUGAUGUAUCAGGGAGAUGUAUUUGUAAAUCUGGAUUUGCUGGUAAACGAUGUGAACUGAGCAGGCAGGUGUAUAUCCGGAAACGGAAGCCGUCAAACUCUCAACAAACGAAAGCACCCCACCAAAGAUGGGGCUCUCCCACUGCAAGUGGGUGUCCAAGAGGUGCUUUCAAGUCUUCUGAUUUGUCUGGUACCUUUGGUGUGCAGUCAUCAAGAGGAUGUGUCCCUUGCAAUUGUAAUUCAUUUGGAUCGAAAUCAUUUGACUGCAAUGAAACCGGACAGUGCCUCUGCCAACCAGGUGUUGGAGGAAAAAAAUGUGACCAUUGUGCUCAUGGAUUUUAUGAUUUUGAGGAAGGAGGUUGCACCCCCUGUGAAUGUUCCCAUCUUGGUAAUAAUUGUGACCCACAUUCUGGUCGUUGCAUCUGCCCUCCAAAUACUACAGGAAACAGAUGUGAAAAAUGUGUACCAAAUCACUGGGGUCAUGAUAUUAUCAGUGGGUGCAAGGCCUGUGACUGCAGUGUAGCUGGAUCCCUCAGCCUCCAGUGUAACCCUGAUAAUGGCUGCUGUUUCUGUCGUCCAGAAUUCUCUGGAGAUAAAUGCACUGAAUGCAGGCUAGGCUAUCGGAAUUACCCACAAUGCAUUGCCUGUGAAUGUCGGGUAGCAGGGACCAAGCCGCAGACUUGUGAUUCAGAAAUGGAAAAGUGUUCUUGUGCUGAUCAUACAGGACAGUGCACCUGUAAAAUGAAUGUGGAAGGCUUCAACUGUGACAGGUGCAAACCUGGCCGAUUUGGACUCUCUGCCAGAAACCCUAUUGGCUGCAACAGCUGCUACUGCUUUGGCCUGACAUCAGAAUGCAGUGAGGCAAAGGGACUGAUCCGUGUGUGGUUGACUCUGAAGCCAGAGCAGGUUGUCCUUCCUUUGGUUGACGAAAAUGUCCAACACCAAACUACCAAAGGGAUUAUAUACCAAUAUCCAGAGACAAUUGCAAAUAUUGAGUUGGUAAUGCAAGAACUACAUUCAGAACCAUUUUAUUGGAGACUUCCAGAACAAUUCGAAGGAAAGAAGCUGAUGGCUUAUGGAGGAAAGCUGAAAUAUGCUAUCUUUUUUGAAGCAAGGGAAGACACGGGUUUUGCAACUUACAAUCCCCAGGUCAUAAUCAGAGGUGGGCUUCCCACACAUACACGAAUUAUUGUCAGACAUGUGGUCGCUCCUCUGAAUGGCCAGUUGACAAGGCAUGAGAUAGAAAUGACAGAGCAUGAGUGGAAAUACUAUGGCGAUAGUCCAAGGAUCACACAGACUGUGACCCGUGAGGAUUUCAUGGAUGUCCUGUACAACAUUCAUUACAUACUUAUUAAGGCAACUCAUGGAAGAUUCAUGAGACAAAGCAGAAUUUCUGAGAUUAGCCUGGAAGUUGCAAGCACAGGAAAUGUAUCAAGAAGAACUCCAAGCGCCCAAUUGAUUGAACAAUGUAACUGUCCUGUGGGCCAUUUUGGUUUCUCAUGUGAGGCCUGUUCCCCAGGUUUUUAUAGACUUGCUUCUCCAUAUACUGGCAGAAGGCCAGGUCCUGCCCUAGGAGCCUGUGUCCCUUGUUCAUGCCACGGGCAUAGUGAAAUGUGUGACCCUGAAACCUCAAUUUGUCAGAACUGUCGUCACAACACCUAUGGGGACCACUGUGAAAGAUGUGCCCUUGGGUUCUAUGGGAUCGUUAGAGGAAAUCCCAAUGACUGUCAGCCUUGUGCCUGCCCUUUGACCAUAUCAAGCAACAAUUUCAGUCCCUCGUGUAUUAUUGAAGGAGUUAAUGAUUACCGAUGUACAGCUUGCCCACCUGGAUAUGAAGGACAGUACUGUGAAAGAUGUUCUCCUGGAUACACUGGGAAUCCCAAAAUUCCUGGUGGAUCUUGUCAGCUAUGUGAGUGUCAUCCAUAUGGUUCACUGCCUGUUCCUUGUGAUCCUCUCUCUGGACGAUGUGUGUGCAAGCCUGGAUCUACUGGCUGGAAGUGUGCAGGAUGUGAACCCUGGCAUGCUCGUGAAGGAAUAGCAUGUGUUUCUUGUGAUGAUGAGUGCACUGGUGUCCUUCUCCGUGACUUGGAUCAGUUAAAUCAGAUGACUCUAAGUGUUAAUCUUAGUGGACCACUUUAUCCACCAUAUAGAAUGCUUUAUUCCUUUGAAAACACAACCCAAGAAUUAAAGCAUUUAUUGUCACCUCAGCAAGCACCAGAAAGACUUCUUAAUUUGGCACAGAAGAAUUUAGAUACUCUUGUGAUAGAAAUGGAUGAACUGCUGACAAGGGCGACCAAGGUGACAGCAGAUGGGGAACAAACUGGACAGGAUGCUAAGACAACUAAUGAGAGAGCGAAGUCGCUUGGACAGCUCAUCAAAGUCACCCUCCAGGCUGCAGAAGAUGUAAAUGAUGCUGCUUUAAAACUGAAUGAGACACUUGGGAUCCCAGACAAGGCAUUUGACAAAAGCUUUCAAGAAUUACAAAGUGAAGUUGACAAAAUGAUGGCAGAACUUAGGAAGAGAAAAUUGGAAGUGCAAAAGGCAGUAGCUCAAGAUGAAUUAGAGUCAGCAGAAGACCUCUUGAGGAACAUCAACAAGCUAUUUGUAGAGCCAAGGAAGAAAACUGAAGACCUAAACAAUGAAGUCAAAGAGAAACUAGCAGACUACCAUGAUAAAAUUGAUGAUGCUCUGAACCUGUUAAGAGAAGCAACUAAUAAAAUUCGAGAAGCAGACAGACUAUCAGCAAUCAACCAAAGAAACUUGACAGCAAUAGAGAAAAAGAAGCAGGCUAUAGAAAAUGGACGACAGGAAACUGAAAAUAUUCUGAGAGAAGGGAAUGACAUCCUUGGUGAAACUAAUGAACUUGCAAAUGGAAUCAAUUUGGCUGUGGAGAACAUAGAUGAUAUUAAGAACAAAAUAGACUCGCUUUCUGAGGAGCUAAGAAAUAAAAUAGAUAAUCUCUCUAAAGAUAUCAUAAGAAAGAAGCUUCCAGAAAAGGUACUGCAGGCAGAAGCUCAUGCUGCCCAGCUGAAUGAUUCAUCUGCUGUUUUGGAUGGAAUCCUUGAUGAAGCUAAAAACCUCUCUUUCAAUGCAACAAUAGCUUUUAAGGCCUACAGCAAUAUCAAGGACCAUAUUGACAAAGCUGAUGCAAUUUCUAAAGAUGCUAAAGCUCGUGCCAAUGAAGCCAUACAACUGGCAUCUGGUCCAGAAGGCUCAUUAAAGGAUGCUGCCAAGAAUGCCUUACAAAAAAGCUUCAAGGUUCUUAAUGAUGCCAAUAAACAGGCAAAUGAUGUUAAAGAAAAUGAGGAUAAUCUAAAAGGAAUGCAGAAUAAGUUGCAAGUUGCAGGGGAAAGAAACUCUGCUCUCUUGAAAGCUUUGAAUGACACCCUGGAAAAGCUAUCAGCCAUUCCAAACGAUACUGCAGCCAAAGUACAAGCAGUCAAAGAUAAAGCCAAACAUGCUAAUGAUACUGCAAAUGAGGUACUGGCUAAAAUCAGAGAUCUCAAUCAAAACCUCCUUGGAUUAAAAGACAGAUACAGAAAAGUUGCAGAUGAUGCAGCCAAAACAAAUACUAUAUUGAAAGAUCCUACUAAAAAUAGAAUCAUUGCUGAUGCAGAUGACACUGUUAAAAAUCUGGGCAAAGAAGCAGAUCGGCUGAUGGAUAAAUUGAAACCAAUCAAACAACUUCAAGAUAAUCUGGGGAAGAACAUAUCUCACAUUAAAGACCUGAUAAAUCAAGCCAGGAAACAGGCCAAUUCUAUUAAAGUAUCUGUGGCUUCAGGAGGAAACUGUAUUCGAACAUACAGACCAGAAAUUAAAAAAGGAUUGUACAACACUGUUAUUCUCAACGUAAAGACAACUGUUGCUGAUAAUCUACUUUUUUAUCUUGGAAGUAAUAGAUAUACUGACUUCUUGGCCAUAGAAAUGCGUAAAGGAAAAGUGGAUUUCUUAUGGGACGUGGGAUCUGGUGUUGGGCGUGCGGAUUACCCAGAUCUCACAAUUGAUGAUGGAGUUUGGUACCGAAUUGAAGCAUCAAGGACUGGAAGAAAUGGCACAAUUUCAGUACAGGCAUUAGAGGGUCCUAAAGCCACCAUUAUUCCUAGCAUUUCCAGUGCAAUUUCUCCACCUGGUUACACGAUUUUAGAUGUGGAUGCAAAUGCCAUGCUCUUUGUUGGAGGUUUAACUGAGAAAAUAAAGAAAUCUGAUGCUGUGAGAGUCACUACUUUCACAGGAUGCAUGGGAGAAACCUAUUUGGACAGCAAACCAAUAGGACUAUGGAAUUUCAGAGACAUUGAAGGAGAGUGUAAAGGCUGUGCUGUCAGCCCCCAGGUGGCAGAUGGUGAGGGAACUGUUCAGUUUGAUGGAGAAGGUUAUGCUACUGUGAGCCGUCCCAUAAGAUGGAACCCCAAUAUCUCUAUGGUCAUGUUCAAAUUCAAGACAUUUUCUUCAACUGCUCUCCUGAUGUAUCUUGCUACUCUAGACUUGAAGGAUUUCAUGAGCAUAGAACUCAGUGAUGGACAUAUUAAAGUCAGCUAUGAUCUAGGCUCAGGAACAGCUUCAGUUAUUGGCAACCAGAGCCACAAUGAUGGGAAAUGGAAAUCAUUCACCUUGUCAAGAAUUCUCAAACAAGCUAAUGUAUCAAUUGUAGACAUAGAUUCUAACAAUGAAGAAAUCAUACCAGCAGUUUCUCCAGGAAAGCACUUUGGUCUCAAUCUGAAAGCUAAUGAGCCCAUUUAUUUCGGUGGACUGCCAUCGCUGAGAAGAAACCUAAGUAUGAAAUCAAGACCAGAAGUAAACACAAAGAAAUAUGCAGGCUGUCUAAAGGAUAUUGAAAUUUCCCGGACACCAUAUAAUCUUUUAAGUAGUCCUAACUAUCUUGGCAUUACCAGAGGGUGCAUAUUGCAGAAAAUUUACACAGUCAGCUUCCCCAAACCUGGCUUUGUGGAGAUGUCGCCAGUCUCUCUUGAAGUGGGAACAGAAAUUCACCUGUCCUUCAGUACUAAAAAUGAAUCUGGUAUUAUAUUCUUCGGUACUAAUGAAAUAUCUGUGCCUCCAAGAAGGAAACGCAGGCAAACAGGGCAGGUGUAUUAUGCUGCAUUCCUGAAUGGAGGUCGACUUGAAGUACAUAUUUCUACUGGAGUAAGAGAUCCACGCAGGAUCAUUGUCAAACCUGAGUCUGGCGUGUUUCAUGAUGGCAAGGAACAUUCCCUUUCGUUGGAGAGACUUGGAGGACUGUUUGCCAUUCAAGUAGAUGAGGACAGAAGACAAUCCCAGCGACUCCCAACAGAUCAGCCUAUCUCCAUUAAAAGACUUUUUGUGGGAGGAACACCACCUGAAUUUCACACACCCCCAAUUAAAAACAUACCUGCCUUUGAUGGCUGUAUAUGGAAUCUGGUUGUCAAUGCUGUUCCAAUGGAUUUCGCCCAAUCAGUAGGCUUUGAAAAUGCAGAUAUAGGACAAUGUCCUGAUUUAGGACCACCUCAUGAAAAGGAAGAUGAAGAUCAAACUCCCCAGACAACAGAUCAUCCUGAAACAGAGAAGGAUGGAAAGAAAGCGAAUACAACGUCUCCUCCUCCUCCUCCUUUCCCACCUUUACCCAUAACUUCAGUAUUAUUUUGCUGGUGGUAGCAAUGGUUGCCUUGUUGAUAUCAUUAUUAUACCAUCCUCUAUCCCAAAGGUAGCCACGUUUAAUCUGUUUUUAAAGAAAACUGCUGUAAACAUGAGAUUUGAAGUGUUUUUUUUUCUUCUUCUUGAAUAUUUCUUUCGCAGCUUUGUAUUAAACAAAUCUCAGCCAAGAUCUGGGUAGAUAAAACAGACAUAAUAACUAUUCAAGGUAAAUAAUAAGAAGACUCCAUGUGUAAUGCUUAGCAAAAAUUUUAAAAAAGCAAACAUGAUUAUUUUUCCAAUAAUAAGAGGGUAAGUUGCCAAUAUAUAUUGUAAUAGCUUUAUUGUCCACAAAAACAGGAAGUAAACAUAAAAGAAAAAUGUCACAGUUCUACAGAUUCACCAAUGCUGUGCGCCAGUCAAUCUGCUGGUGUAGUUCACUCUUAAAUUAUAAAAGAAAAUGAUUUAAUAGGGUUAUCAAGUUUUUUGGGAAAGUGGAACAUUUGCUUUCUAUAGAAAAGGGCCCCAGCUUCUUUUUUUUUUUUUUUUGCUUUCAUUUGCAGCAUAAAGGACUCUGCUUGAUGAAUCAAUGAAUAAUACUUUCAUAUAAGGCAGUUUUAUAUGUUCAAUCUCAAUAAUUAUUUUAGUCCCAUUCUUUGAAAUGCUCCUUAUUUCUAUAUAAGGUGCUGGUACCUUUAGUGCCAUUUAUGAAUUCUGGCUUCGGCUCUCUUAAGUAAACAUUAAAGAAAAUAGUUUAAUAUAUACAGAAAAGCUUUAUAUUAAACAAGGACAAUUUCCACCAGAAUUACUAAGAAACAAAUAUCAAUAUCCAUAAGAGCUCAUGUAUACCAGUUUGAUGGUGUUGUGGCCAGCUUUUUCAAAGUGUAUGAAAUACACUUACUAUUGAAAUAAAAAUUACAAACAGGUAUCAUGUCUUGAAAACAAGUAUAUAAUGAUACAUUUUAGCCCAAAUAAUGUAAAUUUCAUCUAAACAUUAGUGGGAUUUCAGCCAGCUGAUCUCUAAAAGGUUUUAGAGUCACAGUGGACAGUAUUCACAAAAAUGUGAACACAUUCUGCAGAUGCUAUUAAAAAGUGAAUUGAAUUGUCGGUAUCGUAAUCUCCUUAUAAGAAUUUUUGGUGAGACUAUAAUUAGUCCAUUAUUAGACUAGUAUGUACAAGCCUAUGUACAGUUAGGGUCAACACAACUUAAACAUAGAAAAAGGUCCCCCAAAGUGAUUAGAGUAAUGGGCAGCCUCUUUGUGCCCCCUCUUUGGCUUCUGAUAAAGAUCAAAAGAAACAUGGUGGUAUAAAUUCAUGAAUAGUAUAGAGAAAGUGAUUUUUUCUUCUUUUUCUUUCUCAGUACUAGAACUCAUCCAUUGAAACUAAAUAGAUUCACGACCUACAAAAGGAAAUACUUUUUUUUUAUAUAGCAAAAAUAUGUAAAGUACUGCCAAUAGCUGGUAAGGACAGCCAAUUUUGAAGUGAACCAGGAGGAUCAGGGUGUUAAUGUCUGCUAAUAUGAUGCCUUUUCGCUAUCUGCUGAAUCAUAGGCAGCUCUGCUUAAAUCCUGGUCGCUAGGAAUUGACCGCAAAAAGAAGCUGUUGUCUCCAGGCCAGAGCGUGAGCUUCCCAGAUGGAUCUAUGUGGCUACUAUGUGACACGGAAUGCUGGAUUAGAUCCAUCAAGGCCUAAUCCAGGAAGGCAAUUCUUAUCUACUUUAAGUUCUAGCAGAAUGUGUACAGGUGGUCCUCGACUUACAAUCACUAUUGGGACUGGAACGUCUGUCACUAAGCAGACAGUCAUGCCCAAUUUUAUGAUAUAUUAAGUAUAUCACUGAACCCAUUAAGUGAAUCGUAUGAUCCUUAAGAGAAUCUGUUUUCCCCAUUGACUUCGCUUGUUGGAAACCUCCUGAGAUCACCAAUGGCACCAAUCACACGACUCCAGAAUGCUACAACCAUUGUUACUACAUGCUGGUCUGCAAUGGUCUUAAAUGUGAGGACCGGUCAUGCCACCUUUUUCACUGUUGUCAUGAACAAUCAUUAAAAGAAUGGCCAUAGGUCAAGGACUGCCUGUAUUAGCUUUUAAGAUGCUGCAAAAGAUUCCAUGAUAUCUAAAACAGUUUUUCCUCUAAAACUGUUUCCUAUUUGGAAAUCUUACACCCGGGAGUUUGUCCAUGUGUCCCACAUAUUGGCUAACUCUAUUAUUUCAUCUAAUAACUCGGCAAUCUAAGAAUUUGUAGUAAUGUAAUGUCAGAGCCAUGGAUGUCAAGGAUAAUUAUUUCUGCUUGUUUUCUACUGUAUUACUUUAGAAGCUUAGUCAUUUUGGCUUCGUCCCAGGCAGGUGCUUUUACUGCUAAUACUUCUAAUAUGAAAUGAUUUGGACUGAAUUACUUGAUUUGUAUUUCAUUGCCCUGUACUUUAUGGGCAAGAUUUAUGCAGACAAAUGCAAAUUUUCCUUCCUUUGUACUUAGAGCAGGGCCUUUUUCUUCAAAUUUAAAGGAAGAAAUUGGUUUUGAAAAUAAUGGACAGAGUAAUGAGUCCGACAGUUUUAGGUAUUAGAUUGCCACAAAGGCUUACUGCUUGCUACAAAUGCUGUUACCUAUUUAGGAACGUCAACAAUUGUUGCUUCUGCCUCACGUUGUUUACUGCU